CUGGGAGCACUGCUCGCCGGCCCAGCGCUGAUAGCUUGCCCGCCAUUCUCUCGCUGCCCGACCCCACCGUCACGUUGCACACUGCUCGCUAUCUUUCCUUCCCCGUUUAUGAGCUUUAUAUGAGAAUACGCGUGGAUACUAGGGGAUCUUGGCAUGCGCCUGUGCGCAAAGGCGGCAUUUUGAUACCGACCACCGUCUCUUGCCGCCGUACACCCCUCCCCUUUCCUCUCAUCGGCACAUCGGCCACGACCUUGACAGCCAGAGACCCUUCGACCCAUCAUACACUAUACAUGUCCUGCAUGAGCACUAUUGGAAAGGGGAGCGCCAUCGCCGCCAGAUACGUGCAGAAACCCCACAGGGCCACCGUCGUGCGCCGGCGAGAUGCCUUGAACGGGAAACGUGCAGUGCUCUCGCUACCCACCACCUCCUGCGCAAAGACCUGCACGCUGUGUGAUAUUGGUUCCAAGCCCCUCGUCACUGCAGAUCAUGAGAUGUGGAAAUCGGGAUGGGUGCAUGGUUACAGUGGCGGUCGCCCUAUUCCCUCACUCGACGAGCAGGAUCGAACUCCCUGGCCCCCUCCAGGAUAUAGGCAACUGUAUGCGAGGAUAGGUCACCUCGUGCCGCCAUCUGCCACCGCCACCACCCUUGCGUGCUGCCGGAGCUCGGACACGAAGCCCCACCGCCGUCCACCUCCUGGGAGAUGGCUGGGGAGAGCUUCAGAUUCGAUCGGAUACUGA